UGUAUUCUCUUUCUCGCCUCUCUCCAUUCAUCCCUCCCCAAGAUGAUGAUCUGUAGCAUGUAUAUUGAUAAUAUGAGCUCAGAUUCAUUAUAGUUUUGAUUGUUUGCGGAACCCUCUUUGCCGCUAUAAGGGCCCCAAUUUUUAAGGUACUGAUUACCCUGCGUUGGCUGUCGUGCUUAAGACUGAAGAAGACUUUGAUUCGGCGGCGCUGGGGGUGGAGGAGCGAAUGUACUGUUACGAUGGAUGGAAUGGCCUGUACGAAAGCCAUUGCAGUUAUCCGUCUACAACUCCGCCAGAAAAGGGAGCUGAGUCAAGAAGAAAGGCUAGUACCGAUGUUCAAAUCACAACUCAUGUUGAAGAUUGCUGAAAAGAAAAUUAAGAAGGCCGAUAGGGUGGGUUCACACACUACUAAGUUAGUCGGUUUUUUUUUUUUUUUUUUUUUGGGGAAAAUGUAUUGGAUUUUUAGGUGUUUUAGAAUUUUUGAUCUAGAUUUUGUACGAAUAUUGUUAUAUUUUAGAGUUAAAUUAAUAAUGAUUAUUGGAGUUAUUUGA